AUGGCGGCAGAAACAAAAACAUUUACCAUCAACGAGGUCUCCCAGCACAAGACAAGAGACGACUGUUACAUCAUCAUCCGAGACAAAGUCUACAAUGUCUCCAAGUUUCUCGACGAGCACCCGGGUGGUGACGAUGUAAUUAUGGACAUGGCAGGUGAAGACACCACUGAGGCCUUUGAUGAUGUCGGCCACAGUGAAGAAGCAAAUGAGAUGCUCGCCGCGAUCUUUGUUGGGGAAAUAUCAACCAAAGUGAGUCUCUCGUAUGCUUGUCUCACCUCUUGGGUCGGCUAA